AACAUGGAGGUCAGAGCUCUCUGCAUCCAACUGGUGAGGAUCACGUUGUUGCUGCUAGUUGAACAUGUUCACCUGAGUGAUUCUCAGAAAACUGUAGCAGCUUUUCCCAAAGUUGCUCCAAACAAACAGCAACACUUUGAAUACAGGACCAUUGUUGUCAGCUGUGAGGGACUGGAGGGGUUGACUGGCUGGAGGGUGAUGAAGAAGAUCAAGGAAGGCAUCCGAACAUGUGCUUCAACAUCGGCUGGACCCUGUAAAAUCACCAACGUCUUUUCAAUAGACAGCGGAGAAUACUGGUGUGAACAUCAAGACGUAAAGAGAAGCAACGCUGUCAACAUCACUGUCACUGCUGGGUCUGUGAUCCUGGAGGGUCCUGUCCUCCCCGUAAUGGAGGGAGAAGCUGUGAAUCUGAGCUGCAGAAACAAGAUGGCGUCCAGCAACCUCACAGCUGACUUCUUCAAAGACGGUGUUCACAUUAGGACGAGUUUUACAGGAGAGUUAACCAUACACAGUGUUUCCAAGUCUGAUGAAGGACUCUACAAAUGUAACAUCUCUGGAGCUGGAGAAUCACCAGAAAGCUGGAUGACUGUCAGACAUGAGACGCAACGAAUCAAUACAAGACAAGACAGUCACCCUUCCCACGACUGCUCUCCUCAUGGCUUCAUUGUGCUGCGGAUUUUUGGUACCAUUUUAUUGUUUGCUCUGGGGCUGGCGAUGGUACUUCUUCACUGUAAGAAAGAGAGGGACUUCAACCUCUUCGAUACCUUCCUUCCAUGCCUUCGCUUCUCAGUGAACCGGUCACAGACAGCAGAGUCACCUGUCUGAAAGCUGAAGGAAAGGUUCUGGUUGAAGGUCUGCUGUAGCAUGUGUACAGGGGGAAGAAGUCAUGCACACAUAGGGGUGGUCAUUUAAUUAAUCCCAGUCUGAGCUAACUCAGGUCCUAGCCCACUGCUACGCUUAUAUGGCAAUCUUCUCAUGGCAGCACACAAUCUUCUUUAAAGAUGUAAUAUGCUGCUAUUGCUGCUGUGGCUGCUGCUGUUAAUAUAAUUUUCCGUCCUGAAUGGAAUUUAAGACUUUAAAUUAUCUGUAAAAUGCCUAAACACAAACAUUUUAAAAAUCAAAUACAUGAAAAUGGAAGAAGGUGGUUCACAUCAUCAUCAAUAUAACUAUCAUCAGCAUUCGUCUUAGGUUGUCAGCCAUCUCACAGCAUCAGGGUCUAUUUAUAAGACUUUGGUCUAUCUGCUCUGCCUGUUCUCACGCCUGAAGGCGCCAUUUACAAGAAGAGCUGCUGCAGACUUUAGAAUGUGGUCUGUGGUCAUAUAUAUUCUUCAUCAGUUGAUAGUAUGUGGCUUGUGAAAAAAAACAGUUUUUUAUAUAUAUUUUGUUUUGCAUGUUUUUACAUUAAAAUAACCUCAUAUCAA